UUUAAAUUGUAAAUUCGACAAGCAUAAUCGCAUUUCGUCAUUGCAAGAGCUAAUUCUGCUGUUCGAUUCAAUAUGACGACUAAAACAACUGACGAAUCCAAGUUGAGCUCAGGGUACCUGUUAUCACACCCAUUACCCGGUGAUGAAAUUUACAUCACCGGCAUGUCCGGCAGUUUUCCGGAAUCUAACUCGAUACUAAGUCUGCAGGAAAAUCUUUUCAAUAAGGUGGAUUUAGUUUCCGAUGACAACCGACGAUGGAACCAAGAACGUCUCGAAAUUCCGCAUCGUACCGGAAAAAUCGAUGAUUUGAACAAAUUUGAUGCUUCUUUCUUUGGGGUUAACUACAAGCAAGCCCAUAGUAUGGAUCCUAUGUCUAGAAUCAUAAUGGAGAAAGCUUAUGAAGCUAUUUUUGAUGCCGGUUUCAAUCCCGAGGAACUACGAAACACAAGGACUGGAGUUUUUGUUGGUACCUGUCACUCUGAGUCUGAAAAGACAUGGUUCUAUAAAAAUAUGCAUUUAAACAAUUACGGUAUUGUUGGAUGUUGCCGUGCUAUGUUACCCAAUCGUAUAUCCGAUUGGCUAGGAGUUACUGGCCCAUCUUAUACUGUAGACACAGCUUGCUCGAGUUCUUCAUAUGCUUUAGAACAUGCUUACCGAGCAAUCAGAGAUGGUCGCUGUGACGCUGCUUUAGUAGGCGGAUGUAACUUAUGUCUCCAUCCAUUCAUAUCACUGCAAUUCUUCAGAUUAGGCGUAUUAUCUCAAGAUGGCCGCUGCAAAUGUUUCGACAACAAAGCCAAUGGCUAUGCACGCUCCGAAGCUGAUGUUAUUUGCUUCUUACAAAAAUCGAGAAACUCUAGAAGGGUGUAUGCUCAAGUACUUCAUGCGAAGACAAAUUGUGAUGGAUUCAAAGAGCAAGGUAUCACAUACCCAUCUGGUAAUAUCCAAAAGUUACUGCUACAGGAGUUCUACGAGGAAUGCUGUAUUCCACCAUCUAGUUUAGAGUUUCUUGAAGCUCAUAGCACAGGUACAAAAGUUGGUGAUCCUGAGGAGUUACGAGCGAUUGAGGAAGUAUUCUGCAGCGGCCGCUCGAAACCACUUAUGAUAGGCUCUAUCAAGUCCAACUUAGGUCACACCGAACCUGUUUCCGGUCUAAGUUCCCUUGUUAAGAUGUGCAUUGCGUACAACACAGGAUUUAUUCCACCAAAUCUAUAUUAUGAAACUCCAAGAGAGGGGUUCCCCUCAUUAGCUGAGGGCCUUCUUCAAGUUGUUACAGAGAAGCAACCCUGGAAUAGAGGCUUGUCUGGUAUCAACAGUUUUGGUUUUGGCGGAGCAAAUGCCCAUAUUCUUUUGAAAAACGCAGCUCCAGAAAAGGUAAAUAACGGACUUCCAGCUGACGAGUUGCCUCGUCUAGUAUGUGUUUCUGGACGCAUAGACUCUGCUGUAACCAAAAUACUUGAUGACUUGGAGACUAGAACAGUGGACGUAGAAGAAGUUAGAUUGUUACAUGCCAUCCACGAUAAAAAUAUUGUUGGUCACAAUGUUAGAGGAUUUACAUUAUUAGGCUCUACACCAAGUAAGAGCGUAUGUCUCGCUCGCGAUAUCCGAUACGUUUCUGGGAUUCAUCGGCCAGUGUGGUUGGUGUAUUCAGGAAUAGGAUCGCAGUGGACUGGAAUAAUUCCAAAUCUUUUGAAGAUACCUGUCUUCGCUGCUGCUAUAGAUAAAUGUCACGAAGCACUAGAGCCUAAGGGUGUUAAUUUAACCAAAAUAGUCACAGAACAUAACCAUACAAAUUACGACAACAUCUUGAACACCUUUCUUGUUACUACAGCGAUUCAGAUUGGUCUUACGGAUGUACUAAAAUCUGUUAACAUACAGCCUGAUUACAUUAUUGGAUAUGGUAUCGGAGAGUUGGUGUGCGCGUACGCUGAUGACUGUUUCACAAUUGAACAGACAAUACUUGCGGCCUACUGCCAAGGCCUGGCAUUUACUGAAGAACAGCUGGUUGAAGGAUCCAUGGCUACACUUAGUGUGGGUUAUGAUAAGAUUAAAUCAAUGUGCCCACCCGAGAUUGAUGUAGCUUCACGUAAUAGUCCCAACUCCGUUACAAUCUCCGGCCCAGCGGAUACCAUGAAGAGGUUCAUUGACAAAAUGUCUGCUCGAGGAAUACCCGUAGAAGAAGUAUCAUGCUCUAACAUCGCAUAUCAUUCGCGAUACGUUGCUAAAGCUGGAAACAGACUUCUGAAGUAUCUAAAGAAAAUCAUUCCAUCGCCAAAAACCCGUUCAAAAUGCUGGCUGUCCACAUCGGUUGCACAGUCUCAAUGGAAGAGUUCCAAAGCGGAGCUGUCGUCUGCAGAAUAUCAUACAGAUAGUCUGUUGAACCCAGUUUUCUUUGAAGAAACCUCGCGUCUUAUUCAACCAAAUGCGAUCACCAUCGAAGUGACGCCACACGAUUUGUUCCGAACCUUUCUUCAGCAGCCUUCAAAGAAGGAUAUCAUCAACAUAUCUCUUCUCCAGAAGGAUAAUGAAGAUAACGUUCGAGUUCUCCUCAUAGCUCUCGGAAAGCUAUAUGAAUCGGGAUUGAAUCCACACCUAGCGAACCUUUAUCCCCACGUAUCGUUUCCAGUGUCACAAGGCACACCGAUGUUGUCACAUUUGGUGGAAUGGGAGCAUAGUGAAGAUUGGUACGUGGCAUCUUUUAAUGGUGAUGCAAAAAGAGAUUGUAUGGAGUGCUUGAUUAAAAUCUAUAUUGAGGGCGACGAAUACGAAUACUUGACGGGUCAUGUUGUUAAUGGCAGCAACCUCUACCCGGCUACCGGGUAUCUAGUUCUCGUAUGGGAGACGCUUACUACGAUGAUAGAUAUGCCUGAUGAUAAAUCUGUUGUCUUCGAGGAUGUUCGUUUUAAGAGAGCAACUCCUAUCCCUAAGAAUGGACAUUUAAAUUUUUUCAUUGCAAUACAUAAAAAUAGUGGUAAUUUUGAGAUUGUUGAAAGUGGGAUGUCUAUUGUAACUGGACGGAUUUAUCCAAAGAAAAACGUUGGACGAGAUUAUCGUGUAUUGCCUACACCAACUGAAGUUUCUGGGCCUAACGUCAAACAUAUACUUAGUAAAGAUUUCUACAAGGAAAUGAAUCUUAGAGGAUAUCAGUACAGAGGCUUAUUCCGUGGAGUAUUAGGCUGCAAUAUUGAAGGCACCCGUGGUCGCAUUGCCUGGGUCUAUAACUGGGUUACAUUCUUGGACUGCAUGCUGCAACUCAAGAUCAUUGAGAACGACACACGUAAUCUCUUCGUACCGACCAGGAUAGCAAAAUUGUCUAUUGAUACUAAUAUGCAUAACAAUUUUGCGUCCAAAAUGAACACAGACAAAAUGCAAUCCUAUGAGGUUCGAGUGUACCCUGCUGUAAAUGUUAUCAGAUCUGGAGGUGUAGAAAUUCGGGGUCUACAUGCGACACCAAGUUCUAAGAGAAUACCAUUGGGUCUACCUGUAUUAGAGAAAUACGAAUUUGUCUCUAACUAUGGAAGAGACAAGAUGAAGCUUCAAGACUGUCUCCGUGCUAAUAUUCAAUUGAUUCUUGAAAAUGUACAAACAUAUAGAGUUAAGGCAAUUGAAUUGAUUGAUGAAGAAUACGGAAAACAUGAUUUGCACCCUAUAGCGGAAGAAAUUUCCAAAAUCCUUAGUGACAUACCGUUAGUGCAAGCAGAAUUGUUUCUGGUAUGUGAUAAAGCAAUUAAAGCGCCACUGUCUAUAAUUGUAGAAAACAAACCACUUCAUGCAUAUUCUAAUGCAGUGUUAUUCGUUGGAGCUAAUCUACUAAAAAGACAUAAUGUAUUAACUCAAGCGGUAGCUACUCUUCGCGACAAAUGCUUUAUUAUAAGCCGAGAGCAAAUACGUCCAGAUCCCAAUGAAUACUCAGAUGUAUAUGAUAUUAUUACAAUCCAAGAUAUUGGAUCGGAAUAUAUUGUCCUUUUGAGAAAAUGUAUAAGUCCUCCGUCAGUUGAGUUCAUCAAAAUAGAAACUGCAGAUGAAAACUUUCAUUGGAUUGAAAUAGUUAAAAAUAAAAUUAAUACAGCUCAAAAUGUUGUGUUGUAUACACAAAAUGAAAGUAUUAAUGGACUUUUAGGACUUGUAAAUUGUCUGAGGAGAGAACCGGGUGGAGAAACUGUUAGUGGUUUACUAAUAUCCGAUCCAGCAGCGCCUGAGUUCAAUCAUGAUUUAAUGUUUUAUAAAAAACAAUUACAAAAAGGUUUAGCGAUCAACGUUUACCAGGAUGGACAAUGGGGCACCUACCGUCACUUGCUCCUAGGCAAUCUAGAUAGAGUUAGCGCGCACCACGCCUUUGUUAAUGCUUUGACUGUUGGAGAUCUAUCUUCACUAAGUUGGAUCGAAGGUCCAAUCAGAAAGGACAUGAUUUAUAAAGAUCGUACUCCUGUACUUGUACAUGUGUAUUACGCAGCUUUGAAUUUUCGUGAUAUCAUGACAGCAACAGGCCGCGUGACAGCAGACGCUUUUGCUACUGGCAGGCUUGAGCAAGAGUGUGUGCAGGGCUUGGAAAUUGUUGGACGUACACAAAAUGGUUCCCGAGUCAUGUGUAUGGUGAAAAAGUUUGGCAUAGCCAACAUCGCAGAAGCUAAAGAUUGGUUUACCUGGUGCAUUCCGGAUGAGUGGAGCUUUGAGGAAGCGGCAACCGUACCGGUUACCUAUACAACCGCCUACUAUGCAAUGGUAAUAGUGGGGCAUAUGCAACGUGGUGAAUCCAUCCUCAUACAUGCGGGCUCAGGCGGAGUUGGACAGGCCGCUAUCAAUUUAGCGUUGUUUUAUGGCUUGGAAGUGUUCACCACAGUCGGGACACCGGAAAAAAGGGCGUUUAUCAAGAAAAUGUUUCCACAAAUCAAAGACAGUCACAUUGGAAACUCUCGAGAUACGUCGUUCGAAGACAUGGUCCGCAGAGAAACCAAUGGCAAAGGUGUGGAUAUGGUUCUCAAUUCUCUAUCAGACGAUAAACUUCAGGCAUCCGUUAGAUGUCUCUCCUAUCGUGGCCGGUUCCUCGAAAUUGGCAAGUACGACAUGAGCAACAAUACAUAUAUUGACAUCGCUCACAAGGAGAUUUCUUUUCAUGGCGUCAGUUUGGACUAUGUGUUUAGACAGUCCACCGAAACUGUUAAGAUAUUGCAAGAAAUUAUAUUAUUGGGUAUACAAACUGGUGCUGUUCGGCCACUAACUUAUUGCACAUUUGAAAAGGAUGAAAUGGAGACUGCCUUCCGUUAUAUGGCAUCUGGAAAACAUAUUGGCAAGGUAAUGAUUAAAAUUCGGGAUGAAGAACAUAACAAAUAUGCGAAACCAACGCAUGUACCUAUCGAAGCAAUUCCAAGAUACAUAUGCCACGAAGAAUAUGUGUACAUAAUAGUUGGUGGUUUGGGAGGGUUUGGGCUAGAGUUGGCUGACUGGUGCAUCCUGAGGGGUGCAAGGAAGAUUGUUCUAGUUUCUCGAAAUGGAAUCACCAACGGUUACCAAUCUUACAGAGUAAGAACUUGGACAUCGUAUGGAGUUAAUAUCCAAAUAUCUACCCACGAUGUCACAACGGAAUCUGGCUGUGAAGAAAUGUUGAAGAUGGCCAGCGCGAUGGGUCCUGUUGAGGCGAUCUUCAACCUCGCCGUAGUUCUCAAGGAUUCCAUAUUCCAGAAUCAAACCGCUGAGACGUUCAAAACGUCAUUUGGACCGAAAGCUCUGGCUACGAUGCAUUUGGAUAAACUUUCAAGAAUUCUAUGUCCAAAAUUGAAAAAUUUUGUAGUAUUCUCAUCAGUAUCUUGUGGUCGUGGUAACGCUGGACAGACCAACUACGGUCUAUCAAACUCUGUGAUGGAGAGGAUCUGCGAGAUACGGAAGAAGCAAGGAUUACCUGCCCUGGCUGUGCAGUGGGGAGCAGUUGGCGAUGUUGGUCUAGUAGCCGAGGUGCGAGACGAGGAUGUCCAACGGGACAUUGGGGGAACACUGUUGCAAAAAAUAUCAUCCUGUUUGUUAACUCUAGACAAGUUUUUAAAACAAGAAGCACCAAUCGUUUCCUCGAUUGUCGUAGCUGAGAAAACCGCUAAUAGUUUCGGCAGUGGAGUCAUUGUGAACGCUGUUGCUGAGAUUAUGGGUAUUAAGGAUCUGAAGAUAGUAUCACAACAAUUAUCUCUAGCUGAAUUGGGUAUGGACAGCAUGACGGCUGUGGAGAUCAAACAAACCCUCGAAAGAGAAUUCGAAGUCUUCCUCACAGCUGAGGAGAUCAGGAACCUAACCUUUGCUAAAUUAUACGCACUAACAAUACAAUGCAAUGAUGUUGCAUCGAAAACAUCAAUUACUUCUGACUCGGAAGUCUCGGCCAGUUUGAAGGUUUUGCUUAGAAACUUCGGAGAAGAAAAGUUUGCGAACGAACCAAUUCUUCACAUGCCAACUUUGGUCAGCAACGGAGAUAAAAGUAUAGAACCAAUCCACAAAGACGUGCUGAUAAUGUUGCCUGGAUUGGAAGGUUGCGCUGCAGCUCUGGAAUCACUGUGCCGCAAGCUCAAGGUCAAAGUGUGCAUGUUGCAGCUCGGAACUGAGCAUAAGAAUGAGAACUGCGAACAGAUGGUGGACAGACUGUAUGAGUCAGCAAUGCUCUGUUUGAGACCUGUUUCCAAGAUUUGGUUACUUGGAUAUAGCUUUGGAUCCCUUCUUGUAUUAGAAUUAGCGGCAAGAUUAGAGUGUCAAGGUUAUAAAGGGACAAUAUUCUGUUUGGACGGCUCUCCCAAUUAUCUCUUGUCAUUGAUCAAUACGAUGAUAAACACCAGCGAUGACGUGCAAAUCCAAAAUAGCAUCAUUUCCAAUUGCAUAGACCUAAUAACACCUAAAAGUGAUAUUACUAAUAAUUUAAUACAAAAACUCGGCGAGAUGGACAAGAUUGACGAGAAAAUUGAAUACAUCCUCAAGAUGCCAUCUGUUGCAAAUAUUUAUUCGAAGGAAUUCCUUAUACGUAUGGUCCAGGUGUGUUAUGAUCGUUUGAAAGUAAUUAUUAAUUAUAACUUUGAUAACGUCAAAAAGCUUCAGUCGUCAAUUAUACUCCUAAGGCCGAAGAACACUGCUAUUUUUGUUUGUGAUGAUAAUUAUGGUCUGAAUAAAUUUAGCGAGUGCCCUGUAAUUGUGCACUUUUUCAAUGAUAAUCACAUAAGUAUCGUUGAUAAUAAAGAUGUGGCCGACGUCAUUAAUAACGUUAUAGCUGUUCACGAUCAAUAAACAGGAGAGCUGAUGCAAAGUAAUGUUAAACGUGUUGUUAAAAAUUGUAUUGAAGGUAUAAAAAAAUAUUUUUAAGGUGUUUUAGACUUGAUAAUUUUAUAUAUUUGUUUUGGUGACAAAUUUAUUGGUACAAACACACACACACACACACACAAAUUACGCGCGCGCGCGCAGGCACUUAUGCACGCAAACACACACAUAUACACAUACACAUACACAUACACACACGCAGGCACGCACACACGCAGCACGCAUUAGCACGCGCACUUGCACAUACACGCACGCACUCACAUACAUACAUGUGAUUAUUUCUUGUAAUUGUUUAUAUCUAGAAUAAGUUUACUAUUGUAAUCUUUUGAAGGAAACAAUAAAGAGUAUCUAUCUAUCUAUCUACAAAACUUGAAUAUUGUGAACACACAUUGUGCUUUAUAAGAAAUAUAUAUGGUAAAUCCGUAAUUGGCUAUGAGUAUCAGAAUGUUAUAGCUUUCAAGAACUGUGGAUUUUAUAAUAAAUAAAUAAAUGUAAUCCA